AUGCAAAAUAUCACAUUCUACGACGUGAACCUGCCCUCAGACAGUCUCCGACUCAAUUUCUCGGUGUAUUCCUGGCUUCUGCAGCCCGUCAACUGUCUGAUCUUUGUGCUCACAGUGCUGGUCAUAUUACAAUGCUCUCCCAAAUCGAUGGGUUCAUAUAAAUACUACAUUCUGUGGAGCGUCUCGAACACAUUUGCCAGCAUGUUGGCGUUUUCGAUGUACGAAUGCGAACUGUUGCCGCCAUAUGAGGUGGCCAUUGCUAGAGGCCUGCCGGAGGCGUUGGAUGUAAGUGUGAAGCCUUUCGUGGAGGCUGGAAACUGUGGACUACAGAGAAGGCUAUACGUAAAAAAUGUCAUGCAACGAAACCUGUAUAUAACGAAGAUUUUUGGAGGCCCAAAUUUCGAAUUUUAGGUGAAUGGGAGAGGUAUUACGACGUUCAGAUUUAGAUGAUAUUUAGAUGAUACUUGGCACAAAUUAAGAAUAGCUUUUUCUAUCCUUAUAUGCGAGCCUCUAGCUCUCACUUUGCAGAAACGACCGAGAUUUUUUAUUAUCGGAAAAAACUUUUGGUUCACUCUAAUAUUUUGCGAAUUUUGUCAUGGAGGAUUUCACACAUAUUUUUCACCGUAAUUGGUAAUGUUUCCACAAAAAAAUCACUGUUUUUCUGUGGAGAAGCUGGGAAAAGAUAUGGCUAAAAAAAAUUUUCUGACCGCUCUCCGCACUUUCCGUACUCUCGGGCCGCAAAAAUCGUUGAAUAUCUCGGCUGCAUAUCCCGAGCUAAAACUUUAAGGAAUUGAUAUGUGACAUAAAUACACCUGACGUGUGUACAAAAUUUUAAAAAAAUUGUGCCGCAUUUUGUGUACUUCCCUAUAAAAUGAGCCUUCGUACAACGAACCCUCUCUAUAGCGUAUUUAUUCUUCGGUCUGCUGAAACCUACUGUACUGAGGUCCAACUAGCAAAAAACAAUUGUAAACUACAUUCAAAGAGAGCCUUGUUUUCAGGCCCCCUUCCUCUCCGUCUUCCUUCAAAUCAUGGCGUACAGCUGCUUUCAAAUGAACAUUCUCAUCAACAUUUGUCGUUUUACAUUUCGCUUCGCCGAGGCCACCGGCCAACAGAGCAUCGUCCAGACGCUGUCGGAUCGCCGCUUCUUCCUCGGCCUGCUCGCAGUGUUCUUGGCAAUCGUAUUCGCCGGCUUGUUUACCAACUCGGAUGCGCUCGAAAAGGGCGGCGCAUUCAAGCGCGACUUCCCUGGCAACAACAUGGCACUGCGCAGAUAUGUCACCGACCAUAUACUGGUUUAUACGGAGGUAUGUUGCUAACGAAAUGGUUUAUUAAUAGGAAAGGUAAUUUCAUGGAAUUUUGGAGAGAUUCGGAGAGUUCUUUGAACUAUUUGGAAAUCUUAGGUUAUACACUUAGAGGCCACAAGAUACGUUUAAAAUUUACAGAGACAGCGUUCCAAGUGGGACGCUCAGAUUUGGAUGAAACUUGGGACAAAUUAAAAAUAUUUUUUUGAUGAAGCGUAUGUGAAAUUCACAGCUGCGCAUUGCAGAAACGAGCAACAUUUUUAGGCCGAAAAUUGGCCAGAUCCCAUAUCUAGAUAUGGGACUUUUUUCAAAUUUUGACGUGAAAAGUUUGUUUCAUGCCUGUUUGGAGGGUAAUAUAUUGCCCACAAAGAAAAAAUUUUUUCCACGCGAAAAUAUCGAAGAUACGGCCAAAAACUUGUUUUCUCUGGCCGCUCUCCCCCUUCCAUGUGCUCUCUCGGCCUGAAAGAUCAGUCAAUAUCUCGACUGAACCAGCAAAGCGCGAGCUAAAACUUUCCGGAAUUGAUAGGUGACGUAUGCUUGGCGUGUGUGCAAAAUUUAAAGAAAAUUUGAGCGUCGUACUUGGAAGCCUUCCCUUAUUAAUACAGUGCGUCCCAGGUUUUUGGUUCUACCCCAUUUUUUGAUCAUAUCUCGGGGGGUUUCUUCUCAAAUGCCUUGAAAUUUUACACAAGUGUUAAUCAACCUUUAAGAAUAAGCUAUGCAAAGUUUCAUCUCAUUUGGCUUCAGUAAUCUGACGUUAUGGCGAUUUUUUUAAAAUUUUGGGUGCCCCAGGUUUUUGGUUCAACUUGGAAAUUUGCGAGUUUUUUAGUCCGGUUUUGAACCAACCUGCUCUUAAACAAUUUAAAAGAGAUUGUGAGAGUUCUUUGGUCUAUACUUUCGAAUCUUAGGCUGCAGAACAUAAACCUAUAGGGUCCAAGAGAUUUUUUCAAUCUAAUUUGGCGUUUAUAUUUCAGAGCAAUUUUCUCGAAUACGUCAUCCAAUAUGCCAUUUUCCCGAUUGGACUCCUCUUUUCGGCCUACUGUGCUCUCUGCUGCUACCGUUUUCAACGCUCUGCCAGCUCGACGCUUAGCGAGCGGACCCGCCGGAUGUACUACAACCUCAUCAACGCACUGAUUAUUGAACAGGCGUCGGUGAUUUUUUGGGUCCUCCUUCCGCUGUUGGUGAUUCUUCUCGCCGCCCAAACUCGUCACUCGGUCGUUGCCGCCUACAUUUUUGUCCGCAUUUUGUACAUGUACCCCACGUUUGUCAUGCUGUUCACGUUGACGUUCUACAAACGCUAUCGGUACGCGGUGUUGCGGUGCUUCCUGGGCGUCUCGCGGAAUCAUCAGGCCGCGAGUUCGGUGGGAUCGAGUAGUGUGGUUACGCUGUCUAAACCUUCGUCUUCUUUCCCGAGGAACACGUUGACGGCGACGUUGCCUAAUGGAGGAAACCGUGCGAUCUAA